UGUGUUUCGUCUAGCCGUAAAGCGCUACGUGCGUUGCCAUGGAGAUGCAAUGUAGGAAGUAAAUUCCACAGCGCACCGUUCUUGUUUUGACCAUUAUAGACUGUAUCUAAAUGGUUUUGACAGCUCGAACUAAACGUUACAUUACAUCUGCCGGCUUCUACAUGUUCUGACUUUUUUUUUUACUGUCGAUUCUGAACAAUUUUCGACUUAAAUAACCGACAAACGACUGGUUGUAACGUUAACACCACGGUCCGAGGAGCUGACCAGGUAGUAGCAGCCCAUGAGUCGCAGUAGGAACCCCCCUCCCCGGGGUCAGGGGGCAGCGCGAGCCAAGCAGAUGGGGCUGCUGCUUGACCUGUCCCCGGAUGGAGGGAUGGAUGAUGAAGGAAAUGAUGAAGAGCUGGAGGCAGAGCUGCUGAAUCUGGUGGGAGGAGGUGGAGGGAGGCCACAGGGGAAGAAAGGUGAAGGCAAAGUUCCUGUUCCCAUGGCUGAUAUAGAGCGAAUGGCAGCUCUCUGUAUGAAAGAUCUGGAUAAUGACGAAAUGGACGAUGAAGAUUUGGAUGAUGAUGAAGAUUUGCUGGCAGAACUGAAUGAGGUUUUAGAGGAUGAAGAGGAUGAAGCUCCUGCUCCCACUCCUCCUGCCGUCACACCAACUGCUCCCAGAGUGAGCGUCACCUCCCACUCCAGUCCUCCUGCUGCUCCCACUGGUGCAACUGGUUUGGAGUCUCGCCUCCUGGAGCGAGCUGAAAUGUACAAGACGGCCGUCUCCAACGCCAAGGCUGCAGGGGAGACGAGCAAAGUCCGAAGAUAUGAUCGAGGGUUGAAGACGCUGCAGUCCAUGUUGACAUCUGUCAGAAAAGGAAAACCAGUCAACGAGGAGGAGAUCCCGCCUCCCGUAGCUCUGGGUGGAAAGCUCAGCGUCACAGCCGAGUCUCAACCAAUCAGGGAAGCAGAACCGCCAGAGCCCGCGCUGAUACCGCCUCCUCCCGUUAAUCAGAAACCUUUAAGGGACGCUCCGCCGACGGCUCCUAAUACGAAGCCGCUCCAUCUGACUGUUCCCCAGAAGCCGACUGCUGCCGUCACCCCGGAAACACCCGCCAUCUCCCCCCUCACCCCGGGUCAACCUGAUGCUCAUCACUCAGAGCUGAAGCAGGCCGUGCUGUCCAGGCAGAGGGAGUAUAAGAUAGCGGCCAUAAACGCCAAACAGAGCGGCGACAUCGACCUGGCCAAGCAGCUCUACCUCACCGCCAAGAAGCUGGACGUGGUGGUGGAGGCUCUGGACAGAGACGGACCAGUAGAUCUGAGCUCACUUCCUCCUCCUCCUGGAGACGUAGUAGCAGAGCACUCUGCUCCUCCUCCUCAGUCUGCCUCUAAACCUGCCGCCCCCGCUGCACCUGCACCUCCACCUGCACCUGCACCUGCCCAGGUGGCCACUGCCGACCUGCCUGCUCCCAGCUCGUUGGCUGAAGCUCUGCAGCAGAGGAUGGACAUCUACAAGUCAGCAGCAGAGGGAGCCAAGAGCAAAGGAGAAGACCGGAAGGCUCGCAUGCACCAGCGCAUCGUCAAGCAAUACCAGGACGCCAUCAAAGCUCACAAAGCUGGACGACCUGUCAGCCUGUCUGAUCUACCUGUUCCACCAGGCUGUCCCCCCCUUCAGGGCUCAGAGGGGGGUCAGCAGAACUUCAUGGGUGUCCUGGAAACGGCGAUGAAAAUAGCUAAUCAGGACGCAGACGCUGAAGACGAUGAAGAGGAGGGACAAAGAGAAGCUGCCAAGCCUGCAGUGCGUCCACCCGCCCAGAAAGCAAAGUCUCCCGCUCCUCAGGCCUCCGCUCUAAAACUGGGACCUAAAGCCCAGCAGCAAGUGGAUUUCCUGUUGCUAAGGCGACAGGCUUUUUUGCGUGCAGCGCUGCGCUCAAAACAGAUGAAGGACAUGACUGGAGCGGCGCAGCACCUCAGACACGCCAAGGGACUGGACCCCAUGAUCACUGCUGCCAAGUCUGGCCUACCUGUUGAUAUCACCAAGAUUCCCAGCGCUCCGGUCAGUGACGAGGAUUAUUCCCUGGCUCGCUCCCGCUCCUCUCCUCUCUCCCCUCGCUCCAGUGAACAGUACCACGGCCUCAUGGAGCUGUUGAGGAAGCAGCAUGAGAAAUGUUUGGGAUACUCUCAGCAGCUCACACUCCUGGGCAACGUUUCUGAGGCUCUGAAGUUUGAGAGGCUUGUGGAGGAGAGCAUGAAGAGCAUCGAGAUCCUGAAGAACGCCCACGCCAAGGGACAGCCCGUCCCCAAGUGCCACACAGAGGAGAGGACCUUCAACACUGUCAAGAUCCACCAGAGCCUGACACUCAACGACCUGAUACUGUACGUCAUCAAAGGCAUCAAUCUACCAGCUCCCGCAGGUGUCUCACCCAGCGAUCUGGAUGCCAGCGUGAAGUUCGAGUUUCCUUUUCCCAGUACGGAGGAGGCUCAGAGGGACAAAACAAGCACGGUGAAGAAUACCAACAGCCCAGAGUUUAAAGAGACUUUCAAACUCAACAUCAACCGCACCCACCGAGGCUUCAAACGGGUCGUCCAGUCCAAAGGCAUCAAGUUUGAGAUCGUCCACAAGGGAGGCUUGUUUAAGACAGACAAAGUUGUGGGCACUGCUCAGCUGAAACUAGAGGCUCUAGAAAACCACUGUGACAUGAGAGAGAUAAUAGAGGUGAUGGAUGGACGUAAAGCUACGGGAGGAAAGUUGGAGGUGAGGGUGAAGAUCAGAGAGCCGUUAUCAGGAGCUGACCUCCAGCCGGUGACGGAGAAGUGGCUGGUUCUUCAACCGGUGUCCUCCCUUUCUCCUCCAGAGAGACAAAAGGAACGGGCUCCAUCUCCUCGCUCCAGACCCAAACAUGAAGCGAGCAGCAGGAGCAACAACUCUCCUCCUCAGUACAAACUCCACAGCUUCAGCCUCCUCAGCUACGACAGGGAGCGGCUGGAGAGAAAGAUUGCAGAGUACCGAAAGGCGCGGCGGGAUCCCCCGUCUGACCUCGUCCAUCAGCACAAAGAGCUCACACACAGGCUGCAGUGGCAGAAAGCUCAGCUGGAGCGAGGCUCCUCAGCUCUGCUGACGGAGUAUGAAAACGUGCUGCGCCGCUCCGUGCAGGGCUACGCCGACUCGGUGAAGAAAUACUCCAGCCAAGGCAACAGGGAUGCUGCUAAGGAUGCUCUGGGCAGGUUGAAGAUGGUGGAGAACGAGCUGGAAUCUCUGAAGAGGAAGCGAACAGGAUGAGAGGAGAGUAAAGGAGUGGAGACUUGGCUGGAGUACUGUUAUAUCAUCUCUCUCUCUCAUACACUCGUAUACAAACACUACAGUGGGUCCUUUAAGCACCUUUAGCAUGAUCCUGUGCUACUCAUGUCCAUAACAACUGCAUGAACCAAGCGGAUAAUUCUGUCAUAUAACUCGUGUCACUUGUGGUUUUGUCGCCUGCCACAGUAAUUAAAAAGAAAUCUGUAACUACAAAGGGACACAGAAAUGAAAAACGAAGCAUUAAAAUGUGUUAAACAGUUAAGGGAGCAGCAGGCUUAUUUGCACUUAAACACUUGAGAAAGCUGCUUCUAAAACGGCUUUACAGACCUUACCUG